GUCGUCUGCCGGUUAAAUGACUCAUCAUCCGUAUUGAGUCUCACAUGGAGCUGUCGGCGGAGUAUACAUGCUUGCAACAGUUCAUAUGCCGCUGAGGUUGUGAACUUGGUACAUAUCGGCUGCUAAUUUGACCUGUACGUCACUGCCUAUCGGUGACCGCAACCAACAGUCAGCGGUGAGACGUCCUUUUGGAAAAAACUUCACAAGAAAAAAUGUGUUACGGUCUGUUGACAGGAGAUUAUUGCGGAUGCUCGGACCGAACCCGUGACCUAUAUUUGCAUUGAGAAGCAAUUAGUUCGUCGUCUGCUUUUAGAAGUGACAGCUGUUGAGCGCGCGCACGCAUUGUGAUUGUCGUCUGCUCUCAGUGAAGUCCGGAUGUGGUGUUGGGUCCGUGCACUGGACUUCAUGUGAACUUGCAAAAACAGUAUUUUGGAGUUUCAUCGUUGUGUGUGUGUCGAGACUUAUGGAAAGAGCUGAUCACAACAGAAUGGUUCCCCCCGAGGGCGCUGACAAGUAUACCGACUCAAUUGAGUUGUCAAACGCUUGUAGAGAAUUCUACCAGUCCAGGCUGAAAAGUGCUCAGACUUUGAAAGAAAAAUGGGGAAGUGACAGAAAGACAGUAAAUAUCUCAGACAGCAAUGGAAAUGAAAAGAAAAAGUCAUCAAUUGACAUCGCCAUGGAGAAACUACGAAGCGAGAUGGCUUCUUUGAUGGACCAGGACCUAUCCCUGAUGAAACAGCUUCUUACACUGAACGAGGAGAUUGAGGAACUCAAGUGGCGGAGGAGAUACUGUUGGAGCAAGAGUUCCUUCUUGAACAGCUCCUGUGACGUGACAAGCACUGAUUGGUCGCAGUCGGACAUGUCCAUUACCAAGCUGGGGGAUGACCUACCACCCAAGUACCCGUCACCGUCAAGCUUGUCUCUGUCCAUUGACGAUAGCAGGGGCUCGUUCUAUGACGACGCCGAUAGUGCCAGAACCUUGAGCCGCGAACAAUUGAAAGGUUCCAUGUCCAAAAUGGUUCAAAAGAUUCAGAAACUUGAACGUGAUUCUUACGACUCUGGUAUUAACGAAGGUUACACAGAAACCUCGAUCUCCGUUCCUCAGCCUCUUGUGACACACUUGUGAUGUAGGUGGCGGUGUCUACGUCCGUGCAACACUACGUACAAUACGACGUGCGGUAAAAAGCUGAAACAAGGGUAGUUAUUGUCAACACGAACAAUAUAAAUAUAUCAGCCGACGUUAAGGGCCAUUGAUGACUGGCGGUAUUCUAGUCAUACAAAUACAAACGGUUGUUCUUCUUAUAGAUGCAAAUAUGGCCAGUGAUGUAGGCGGAAGUGGUUGGAGAAGAAGUGACCUUUAGUGACCUGAACAUGGACGCCAAGCGUGAGGCAUCGUGGUUGUGCGUGACUUAAGCGCUGUGUUGAGGACUACACGAUAAGACCACGUUGUCGACGACUCGCACGUUGACGUAGGGGCACAAAGAGGACGAAGGUCUCUCACCCGACAUUGUUUACAUCCGUGGUCUAUUUCAGUACACGAGUUGGAGGACAAGAGAAUGCUGAAGUAAUCAUAUAGGUGAAACAGUUGCAAACACUUCAACGCUAUACCAUUUCGCCGAUACAAUGCAGGAACGCAUACUUUAAUGUUUUGAAAGCAUGCGUAAUUGCUUAAGGAGCAAAAGACAGUUUGAUACAAUCCAUCAAGAAUCCAAUAACAAGAGUUUCAGCUGAUACGGAUAUGCCUUAGGCUUAAUAUGCCUCUGUGGUUUGAACUCUUAAGAAUAGUUGAAUAUUGAAAUACAUUCGCAUUUUAAAGAUUGAUAUGAAGGUUGUGAUUCGAUGUUUUGUAUCUGAAGAUAUGGGACCAGAAAUGAUAAGAAAGUGCUAAAUCAUGUCACAUAUAGAUCGCAUAUGAGCCAUGCUAGUUUCUUGCCAUAGCCAUCAGUGCUACUGACAUUGUAGCAUGCUUCGGGCGAUGAUGUCAUGACAGAUCUCUGAUUGAUUUCGUGUGAUUCAUAUUUUGUCAGGGCUUUGAACAGUCGUCAGCAAACGUUCGAUAUUAUAUAUUGUAUAAAUAACAAUGUACGAAGGUGCCAUAAUAUUUCUUUUGACGACUGUGUGUAUUGGUAACACAUGAAUGUACAUAUUGUGAUCAUUUUGUUUGAAUGUAUGAAUGUAUGUAUGCUUAUAUGUCCUAUCCUCUCCAGGUUAUAUACGCAAUCAGAGUUCGUCAAAAUUAACAAAACUUCAGAGUUUAAGAACUUCACAUGGCCAAUCAUCAGCUUAAAUGAAACUAGAUUUCAUGUAAACUUGAAAAUAUUUUGUGUGCAACGGUGUAUAUAGAUCAAGAGAUGACAUUUGUACGUCUACGGAUCUGUACUCUCCAAAUUUCACGAAUGUGAAAACAUUCCUUUUAUAAAUCGCUCUAAAUAUCAAACAUGAUAUUUCUGUUUCGAUCACCCUCAAGAAACAAAUUAAGAACUAUACGUUGUAACGAGAGGCCAGACAGCACUAUUUGAUCAUAUUCCGUAACGUGACACUGUUGAUAAGUGUUUGAAAGAUAUCUAACUGUAAAUUCAAUACAGAUUGUAUGAUUGUUGCCUUCUGAUUAAUGCUAUUUUUGUAUCCUGAUUUCCUCUUCCUCGUUUCCUCUUCCUCGAAUAGCUGCAAAAUAGACGCUGCGGCGUUAAACUCUAUUUACUCUCCGACCCACUUCCUUAUUACAAUCGGUUCCCAAUUGCACAGAUCGAUGCUAAUGCUGUUGACCACUGGAUUUUCUGGUCCCGACUCGAUUAUUUACAGACCGCCGCCAUACAGCUGGAAUAUUGCUGAGUGCGGCGUAAAGCUAAAGUCACUCACUCACUCCUUAUUACAGUGAGUAUUUAGUAUCAGUUCCACAAAUAUAACAUGAUAUUAUGACAGCAAUAACAGGCCAUAUUGAACUUUGACAUGAAUCACUAAUUAGCACAGGGCAGGCAGUGUAUCUGGCUUUACUGAAUAUUUACACAGCACACUUAUUGUGUAUAACCUCUUGAAGGGUCGCGAUACUGACCAAUGUCCGUUGUCCAAUGUCCAAUGCAAAGUCCAGGGUAUUGUGCACGUCUCAAUGCAACCCACAGCAUGCUGCCUAUCAGUAGAUGCUUCUGGUUCCCUGACUGCACUGAUGGUGGUGCCACUGUGUUAUUGUUAGUCGUAUGUUCAUGUACAUUCAUGUUUGUUCUCUAUUUAUUGACUAUUUCUCCAUAAUAAAAUGAUAUUACACAUA